AAAAGUUCAUUGAUUAAAUUUAGUGACAAAAAAAAGAAGAAGAAAAAAACCCACAGCUUCAUUGUCUACGUGGGGUACGAAAAGGGUUCCAAAACUUGAUUGUCACUGUGGGGUAUGAAUUGUAAUAAUGACUCUUUAAUGUAAUCGUUCAACUUGGUUUUCCUAGUGGAACAGAGCUCUGAGUCCACCAAGUCGCACUAAAAAUGGUACGAAGUCAAUUAAUGAUUUUCCAUUUCUUUCAAAUGUAGGCGUUGGCAUAGGCUUGAUAGUCAUGCUUGCCUGUAGCUCUUGGCUGUACUUCAUAGUCAAGCAAAGAAACCUGAUUAAUCUUAGAGAAAAGUUCUUUAAGCAAAAUGGUGGUUUGAUUUUGCAACAGCUACUCACUGGACAAGAAAAUUUAACUGAAACAGCCAAAAUCUUCACCGCAGAAGAGUUGAAGAAGGCUACCAACAAUUAUGAUGAAACUCUAAUCAUUGGUCGAGGAGGGUUUGGUACUGUUUAUAAAGGAUUUUUACCGGAUAAUAGGAUCCUGGCCAUCAAGAAGUCCAAAAUAGUAGAUGAAAACCAAAUUGAGCGGUUCAUCAAUGAGGAUAGCUACAGAAUCAGCAGAAGCACUAUCGUAUCUACACUUUGCAGCUUCUACACCUAUAAUCCAUAGAGAUGUCAAGCCUUCAAACAUAUUGCUAGAUAGUAGUUACACAGCAAAGGUAUCAGAUUUUGGAGCUUCGAGAUUAAUUCCACUAGACCAAACAGAAUUAGCUACAAUGGUGCAAGGAACUAUUGGAUACCUAGACCCUGAAUACUUGCAAACAAGUCAAUUGACUGAUAAAAGUGAUGUUUAUAGCUUUGGAGUGAUUCUCGUAGAGCUAUUGACAGGAAGAAAGGCACUUUCGUUUGAUAAGCUUGAGAUGGAGAGAAGUCUGGUUACCUAUUUUCUCCUUUCUUUGAAAGAGAAUAGAUUGUUUGAAGUUGUUGAGAAACAUAUAACAAAUGAAGGUAAUGCCGAACAAUUUAAAGAAGUGGCAAAUAUUGCAGAGAAGUGCUUAAAAUUGAAAGGGGAAGAUAGGCCCACUAUGAAGGAAGUAGCCACGGAAUUGGAGGGUUUAAGGAGGAUGGAGAAGCAUUCAUGGGUUAAUGCGGAUUUCAACUCUGAAGAGACUGAACACUUGCUUGCUGGGACUUCAAAUUCUAGCAAAUAUGAUGUAAGGAAUAAUAGUACUGAUAUAUAUGAUAGCGUCAAAGACCAUGUAAUAUUGGACCUUGAUGGUGGGAGAUAA